AUGACACCAAAAGAAAGAGGGACUGUAUUUGUUUCAGGUGCUACUGGAUUUAUCGCUCUUCAUAUCAUCAAUAAUCUAUUACAACAAGGUUAUAAAGUAAUUGGAUCCGCCAGAUCUCAAGAAAAAGUGGAUCAUUUAUUGGAAUUGUUUAACAAUAAUCCAUCUCUUUCACUGGAAAUUGUACCAAAUAUCGAUAACCCAGAGGCAUUUGAUGACGUAUUCAAGAAAUAUGGUAAUGAAAUUAAAGUAGUGUUACACGCUGCUUCACCAAUACCACGUCCAAGCACCGAUUAUGAAAAGGAAUACUUGAUCCCUGCUGUGGAAGGUGUAAAAUCAAUCUUAAAUGCGGUCAAGAAAUAUGCUGCAAAUUCAGUGGAAAGAGUAAUAUUGACAUCCUCAGCUGCUGCUGCUCAGAACUCGACAGAUGUUGUGAGUGAAGAAUCCUGGAAUGAUGCUACUUGGAAAGGUUGCCAAACUGAUUCAUGGAAUGCUUAUGCGGGUUCUAAGACCUUUGCUGAAAGGGCUGCCUGGGAAUUCAUGGAGGAAAAUAAGAAUGUUAUUAAAUUUACAUUGACCACUGUUAACCCUGUUUAUACGUUGGGUCCGCAGGCAUUCUCUGAUAAGAAAUUUGCAUCUACUUCCGCUUAUAUCGAACAAAUUAUCAGUUCUACUGAAGAUAAUAUCACACCAAAAAUAGCAUUUUGGUUUGUCGAUGUUAGGGAUGUUGCUAAGGCUCAUAUCUUGGCAUUCCAAAAUGACAAUUUGGUUGGGAAAAGAUUGCUUCUUGCCGCAGAUACUUUUUCUUAUCAGGAUGUUUUGAAUAUUGCUAAUGAAGAUUUUAAAGAACUGAAUGGUAAGAUUCCAAUUGGAGAACCUGAAAAGGCCGACGCUUUAACUAAGGAAAACAAAGGUUUGUUAGAUAACCAUAAGACUAAAGAACUGUUAGGUUUCGAAUUCAUUGGUUUAAGACAGUGUGUCGAUGAUAGUAUCAAACAAAUCUUAGAAGUUAAGCACUAG